GGUCCCGGCGCCGGUCUCCGGGGGGAGCGGGAGGAACCGAGAACCACGAUCCGCUCACACUGUGGCCCAGCAGCUCGGGCUGGACUGGACUAACACCGGACAGUGGCCAUGGAGACCGGGCCGCCGGACCCGGAGAUGGUGUUUGACCCAGACGUAUUGAAAGAACCAGAUGGCUGCGUAAGCUCUGAGGUUGCAAUACCAAUCAGUGGGGACGUUCCAGCAUUAGUACAACAGUUCGUCGAGGAGAAAAUUCAGACCACAAUGCUCACCGGAAUGAUGAUUGGAGCGCUUGCUGCCAUUCUUAUUGUCGCAAUUGUUGUAUUUUUCAUCUACAGGAGAAUGAAACAAUCAAAACAGCAGCAGCAGGGUGUGACUCGGUACAGGUUCCGGAAGAGGGACAAGGUGAUGUUUUAUGGAAGAAAAAUCAUGAGAAAGGUGAAACUAUCUACCUCAUCGCUAGUUGGGAACAAUGUGCCUCGUCAGAGGUUGAGGAAGAGGCAGAAGGUACUGAACCUGGCUAGAAGAAUACUCCGACUCAAGAAGGAGCCACCAACUUUGCAGCCAAAGGAACCGCCCUCUUCACUUCUGGAGGCUGACCUGACCGAAUUUGAUGUCAAAAAUUCCCACUUGCCAUCUGAGGUUCUUUAUAUGCUCAAGAAUGUUAGGGUGCUGGGACACUUUGAGAAACCGCUAUUUCUGGAACUAUGUAAACACAUGUUCUUUGUACAAGUCCAUGAAGGGGAAUACGUCUUCCGUCCAGGGGAGAUUGAUGACAGCAUCCAUGUAGUACAGGAUGGGAAACUGGAACUCUGCAUCAAUGAGAAUGAUGGCACUGAAGUUGUGGUGAAAGAAGUCCUUCCAGGUGACAGUGUGCAUAGUCUUCUCAGUAUUCUGGAUGUUAUUACUGGUUAUCCUGCUCCAUACAAAACUGUUUCUGCUAGGGCCGUGUGUACAUCCACUGUUCUGCGCUUGCCUGCUAGUGCAUUUCAAUCAGUCUUCCAGAAGUACCCAGAAACCCUGGUCAGAGUGGUUCAGAUAAUCAUGGUGCGCUUGCAAAGAGUGACCUUUUUGGCUUUACACAACUAUCUGGGCCUGACAAAGGAGCUGUUCAAUUCGGAGAGUCAGGCCAUCCCCUUAGUGUCGCUGUCCAGCAUUGCCCCAUCCAGCCCUGGAAAAAUGGUCAAACGGCAACACAGCGUCUUAGGGGCCGAUGAAGAUCAUUUUGAGAAAGUGAGCAGAGGUGCUGAUGUUCCAGCGCACAAUUUGGAAACAGAUUACAAGAAUGUGGUAGGGGACAGUUUAAACAAGAGAUGGCGCUCAGCCUCUGUGCCUUUGGAUAUCCCAGGAGGAGCGACCAGCAGUAAAUCUGACAUGGAUAUGGCUUAUGAAAGGGCAAGGAUCAGCCAGUCAGCAGAGGAGCGUUGUUCCAGUCCUGUCAUGUCUGCUCUCAAGUCUUCCCUAAAGAAGAGUGUAACCAUGAUGGAGCAGCCUUCUGUGAUUUACCACUACGUUGAGGGUGAAGAACGAGCAAGUGUAAUCACCAAUCACAGACAGCAGCAUGCGAUUUUAGAGGCUGCUAAGAAGGAUCUUCUGACCUUAAUGAAACUUGAUGAUCCUUUACUGCUGGAUGGCAGAGUAAUUCUUCAACAGGUUAAAGCUGGAACAGUUGUAGCAAAACAAGGUGACCAGGAUGUCAGCAUUCAUUUUGUGAUAUCAGGACUGUUGCAUGUUUACCAGCGGAUGAUUGACAGGGAAGAUGAGAAUUGUCUGUUUGUGGCUCAUCCUGGAGAGAUUGUAGGACAGCUUGCUGUGCUGACUGGUGAACCUCUCAUCUUCAGCAUCAAGGCCCAAAGGGACUGCACUUUCCUUUGCAUCUCCAAAUGCCACUUUUACGAGAUAAUGAGGGAGAAACCAAAUGUGGUGUUAACCGUAGCUCACACUGUGGUGAGGAGAAUGUCUCCAUUUGUGCGACAGAUUGAUUUUGCCUUGGAUUGGAUGGCGGUAGAAGCUGGACGAGCUGUGUACAGGCAAGGGGACAGAUCAGACUGCACGUUUAUUGUGUUGAAUGGUCGAUUCCGAUCCGUCAUCAUGAGGGAUGAUAAGAAGAAGGAGCUGGCAGGAGAAUAUGGCCGUGGAGACCUCAUUGGAGUGGUGGAAGCUCUUACACGCCAGCCCUCUGCAACCACAGUUCAUGCCGUGAGAGACUCUGAAUUAGCCAAACUUCCUGAGGGAGCUUUGAACUCCAUCAAGCGCAGGUACCCUCAGGUGGUUACUCGACUCAUUCAUCUACUUGGCCAAAAGAUCCUUGGUAACCUGCAGCAAGUCAGAGGUCCAUUAACAGGUCGUAGCAUUGGAAUCACUCACGCCCUGAGCAACAAACUGGAAUCAGUGGGAAAUCCUGCCAGUAAUCUCGCCACUGUGGCCAUUCUCCCAGUUUCUGAGGAUGUUCCCAUUACUGCUUUCACUCUGGAACUCCGACAUGCCCUUAGUGCCAUAGGUCCUACCUUGCUACUGAACAGUGAUGUCAUCAGACAACGUCUUGGAUCUACUGCUUUGGACAGCAUCCAUGAGUGCCGAUUAUCAAGCUGGCUAGCUCAGCAAGAAGAUAUCCAUAGAAUUGUGCUCUACCAGUCUGACAGCAGCAUGACUCCCUGGACCCAGCGUUGUAUCAGGCAGGCUGAUUGCAUCCUUAUUGUUGGCCUGGGAGAGCAGGAGCCAACUGUUGGAGAGUUGGAGCGCAUGUUGGAGAACACAGCCGUACGAGCUCUCAAACAGCUCAUCCUACUGCACAAGGAGGAUGGCCCGACGCCAGCUCGCACCGUCGAGUGGCUCAACAUGAGGAGUUGGUGCUCUGGUCAUCUACACCUCUGCUGCCCUCGCCGGGUCUUCUCUCGCAAGAGGCUACCUAAACUGCUCGAGAUGUACCAAAGAAUCUCUCAGAAGCUGCCAGAUCGUCACUCGGAUUUCUCCCGCUUGGCUCGGACUCUCACUGGCAAUUCUAUUGCUCUGGUGCUGGGAGGCGGAGGCGCGAGGGGCUGUUCUCAGGUGGGGAUCAUCCGAGCGAUGCACGAGGCUGGUAUCCCCAUUGACAUGGUGGGUGGGACCUCAAUUGGCUCAUUCAUGGGGGCACUCUAUGCAGAGGAGAGAAACGCAAACCGCAUGAGGAACAGAGCCCAGCAAUGGGCCAAGGAAAUGACAAAUGUUUUCAAGAAAGUGCUUGAUUUAACAUACCCAAUCACCUCAAUGUUCUCAGGAUCUGCUUUUAACAGCAGCAUCAGUAACAUCUUUAAGGACAAACAGAUAGAGGAUCUGUGGAUUCCUUACUUUAACAUCACUACAGAUAUAACUGCUUCUGCCAUGCGGGUUCAUACUGAUGGUUCUCUGUGGCGAUACUGUCGAGCUAGUAUGUCGUUGUCGAGUUACCUGCCGCCUCUUUGUGAUCCAAAGGAUGGUCACCUGCUCAUGGAUGGGGGCUAUAUCAACAAUCUACCAGCUGAUGUCGCCCGGUCCUUGGGUGCAAAGGUUGUGAUAGCAAUCGAUGUUGGCAGCCAGGAUGAAACCGAUCUGACGAAUUAUGGAGACUCCCUUUCUGGCUGGUGGUUACUAUGGAAACGUUUUAAUCCUUGGGCAGCAAAAGUGAAGGUGUUGGACAUGGCAGAAAUCCAAACUCGCCUUGCUUAUGUUUGCUGUGUGCGGCAGCUGGAGGUGGUGAAGAACAGCGACUACUGCGAGUACAUUCGACCUCCGAUCGACCGCUAUGAAACCCUGGAGUUUGGCAAAUUUGAUGAAAUUGCAGAAGUGGGCUAUCAGCAUGGGAAGACACUGUUUGAGCUGUGGAGCAGGAGUGGAGUUAUCGACAAUAUUCUGAAAGACAGAUCGGUAGAUAAUGUCACCAAGGCCCGGCCCUCUGAUGUCACCUGUCCAAACGCUUCCUUCACUGACCUGGCUGAAAUCGUGUCUAGAAUCGAACCUGCAAAGUUGUUGGUUGUGGACGAUGAGUCUGACUACCAGACCGACUAUGAGGAAGAUGCUUUUGACACCGAGAGGGAUGACUUUGAUGGUGUCCCCAGUGAGCAGAAUGAAGAUGAAAUCUCUAACAGUGAUGAAGAAUGUGAAUUGAAAGAAAAGCACUCCAUUUCUGGACCUCAGAGCACGGAGGCUGGGACAGAAUGAAGCCCCAAGCUUUGCAGACUGUAUCCUGAUGGGUUUAUUAGUUUUCAAUCCUCUGUUCCUUGUCACGUUUCUUUUUCCAAAGAGUGACAGCCUCUUCCGUUUCAUAUCCAGGAGCUAAGAUGGAGGAAGAGUGUUUGUGGCAAAGCAGUAAUAGGAAUAUUGCCUGCCCACACCCUGUUUGUAAUUGGAGUGUGUGAAAUUGAGGCCUUCUGAAUCCAGUUUUGUAAACCAAACUGUACAGAGAUUGUUUUCAGACUGUAACUUUAAAAGUCAGAUGCUUAGUGUGUCAGUAUCCUAAUUAUUUCAGGACUACUUUAAAACACCUCAUUCCUCUUUCCCCACUCCCAACCUUCUCUUUCCCACCCCCAUCCAUCAGGAGAAGUUCCAGAAACGAGUCACACAGACUCAUUUAGCACCUUAUAUCCACACGUUCUCUUUUCAAUGGCGUGAUGUAGCGUUUCAUCUUGUUUCUGCCAAAGUGAAUGUGUGUGUUUUAAACCCAAGGUUUAGCCAUUUACAGUUGCCUCACAGUGCACUCUUGUAACCGCAAGGGCAGCAGACAAGGAACAGGAGACCUGUCACCAGGCCUCUGCCUAAACACUGUUCUUCAGAUCACCAGCAGGAGGCAGCGCUCACAUACUACUUUGAUCUUUCUCGUCUGGAGUGGAUCACCCAUUUCCGGCUUCUGUGUGGAAAGGUGACCAAAACAAAAAGCCUUGCGAAAACACACUCCCGAAAAGCUAGUCAUUUUGUUUCUUUGAGGGGGUUUUCCAUUCGAAACGACUGCUUCCAUCUCUACCCCAAACACAAAGUGUCCACUUCAAAUCCAUUUGGAUUUUCACACAAAACACCUGCCCUUUGUAUUGAGCUGACAGUUAAACCUCUGUUAACACCCCUCUUAGUUUACUAUCACUUAUUUAUUUCCUCCCCGUCAGCUAGCUACAAUCAGAGUGGAUCUGAGUUUAAAGAAAAUACAGACCUCAUAGUUCCUGCCUUCCAAACUCUAAGUGAUUCCCAGAGCCCAGUUUAUCAGUUGCUGCUCAUUGACGUGGUAUCGUGACUGAUAGUUACCACAGAGAAGGACACUUUGCGGGACACCGUCCUCCAAAAACUUUCUGGUACUAGACUCCGCCUGUGUCUGUGUCAAGCUGUGCGUUGGCAUGUAGUUGUCCACACUUGCAUUGGCUGACUGUGUUCUUUCGAAAUAUCUUGUUCCUUUGACCGAGAGGGACCUCGGGCUUCUGCAACUCUCAUAGUUGAUGUCUCCUGUCUGCCCAACCCAGUGUCCUCACUCCUUGAGGCUCGGUUUAGCCAGGGGUUUCCUCAAAUCGCUGCCAGUUUUCCCAGUUUGGAGCCUUGUAAACUCAGCCAAUGAGUGAAAUUUAUAAUCACAAACGUCCUGAAGCUUUCAGAGGCCGUUCCUGCUCUCUCUAACAUUCUCAAACCCUUGAAUCCUAAGAUUAAAUAUUCUCCUCCACUCUUCCACCUUCCUCUGUCCUCUCGCACAUUGGAGGGUGUGGGCAAGCUGCAUGCUGCUCAGGUUUGACACUAAUACCUUUGUGUCUCUUGUGAUUGCUGCAGUAAGAUUGGGUCCCUUCUAGGAGUGUGUUGUAUGUACAGUUGGCCUGUUCUGGAAAGAUGGGCACGGCAUUGUGACAGCUCUAAUCCUACGUGCAGUACUCACAACACUGUUAUAAACUGGGUGCACUUGCCUGUCAUUCAAAUUCUGCCAGUCUCAUCAGAACGUCAAAUCACAGCUUGGGUUCCUCUCUAGCCCUGCAUGUCUGCUUUGUACUUUUCAAGCCAAAUAUAAAUGAAUAAUAUGGUCCAAAUAUACUAAGAAAACAAGAGAGCAAUGUAAUUGAAAGGUAGCAUCACUGCAUAUCAGUGUGUUGUGAGCUGUGGUUUUCUGCUCAUCUAAGGCAGACUAACAGCUAUGGAGUACUCGUUCAGCAAGUGCGUACUUUAAAAUAACCUUAACAUUCUGCAGAAUAUCAGUGUGCUGAAAGUUUGGAACAUUAUCUCGUAAUGCAGUCAGCAUAUAUAUAAAAAAUGUCAACCUUUAUGGACUUAGUGCUCAGUUUCUGGUUUUUCAGCUCCAUCGUGUUGUGCGCACAUUCAUCCACAGCCCACAAUUCCCUGGGGCAUUGGCCCACAUGUUUAUUUUAAUGGCCAGGAAAGUCAUGAGCUAAUACAGGUCAGUAUCCUGCUCCUGACUGGCUAGACAGGUAACCUCCUGUCAGCUGCAGGACCUCUACCUGAGUGGCUCACAACUCCUGUUCCUUUAGUUCCCCUCCCUUUGGAAGCUGUAUUCAAUGAUACUAUGAAGAGUAAGAAUCACAACAGAUCUCCCUUUAUUGUUCUACACUACCAGCCACCAAUUUGCAAACUCAAAUGUAGCAGGCACUCCCUGGCAGAUUUCCCAGCGAUGCACUCCAAAUCUUUUAAAGUUGCAGGUGUCUGGAGGAUGUACAGCUCAAUGUAUGAAGAAUGUGUUUACUUUCAAUCAGCUUGAGAUUGAUUCUGUGAUGGGAGUGAGUGCAGAAAUCUCAUACACAAAGCACUUCAUCUGCCAUCACAGGAACCUGAAUUUGAUAAAGACUUGGGGGAGUCUUAACAGUGAUUUCUCUUGAGUUUUUUUUCAGUUGCUUUUUUAAAAUGUUGAAGAUAAAACCACUGAAAGGAACACGUGAACUUUAAUAGCAUCUCCGGGCAGUUCCAUCAAAGGAGAAUGAAAGGGUAAAGUCAUACUCUAUAAAUCAUGCCUCUGUCCUGUAAUUGGAGUCCUGAAGCAAGUUAAAAGCUUAACUGGAAUGAACAAUCCACAAAAAAUACUAAUAGCCAAAAGGAUUAUUGACAUAUGAAGCACAGAUCCUGUAGCCAUCCUGAUUGUGAUCAGGUGAAAGAUUCUUUUUUGUUGCAAUAAUCAAUGCAAUAUUUAAUGUUACUGAAACUUUAUUUGUACAGAGUUGAGAGGCUAAUGAUUAUUAACUGGUGUCUGGUGCCUUGACAAUAGAAUCAAUCCCCUCCCAUAUGAGGCUGGCCACAGCUGCUGCCAGAACACACCCCACUGAAGUGUGUAAACCAGCAAUGCAUUUAAACCACAGAGUUUUGCAAUCCGAAUAGGUAUGGGGACUAUAUGAGCAAUGAGCCAUUUCGAGAAAUCAAAACAGAACUCUGCAUGAAGGUGCCAUCAGGGAAUCGUUACAGUGGUUUAAAAAAAGAUCAUCUGUUCCCAUCCUGCCCGAAUUGCUGUUUUCAGAGUGGUGUUUCACAGGGUGCUGACUUUACUGAACUGCACUGGAGCAGUGUGCUGUAACUCGCAGCUGUGCAGUUUUCAGGGGCACCAGUGUCUGAACAGCUUCAGUCCUGUUCUCUUGCUGGGGAAGGACAUGUCUGAUUCUGAUAUUGCAGCAGUACAGUGAGUCCCUUCACUAGGAAGCUGGGAUGAAGAGAAAUCUUCUUUCCCACCUGUGGAGGGAUGUUUUGGGGCAUGUAGUGGGGGUGUAAAAAGAAUUUCCAGUUGAUGUCAGGCCUAUCUCAUCUCUUUUAAUGUAAUUAGCAAUAUAUCUUGUAUAAUCCCUAUCUCUCCCAGACUACAUGUUGAACUGGGAGGUCAAUCUUUCUUAGAAUCACUGCCUGAGUUUGAAUGGAAAGAAGGGAAUGUUGUGUGUUAACUAUGAAAUAUUGGCUUGUGAAAUACUGAAUGUUUAUUAUCUUAAGUUUUUUAAAAAUUCUCUUUAAUAUUCUGUUAAUGAGCUCUGUAUAAUUUUUUGUGUUAGGAAAGCCCUGCACUAUACAUUGAUGGGCAGUCUGUCAGUGUGUUAAUUGAAGCCUUGAUGUGCCUAUUGUUCAAAAUCAUCCAUCUUGGCAUCUCCUAGUGGGUCAUCCAGGGAGAAGGACCAAGAAUAAGAAACCUCAGGGUUCUCCCAUGGAAGCCACCUGAUCUGUUGGGAACCGUGCAUUUAUUCAUGAAGCCAGUCAAUCUGCUGAAGGUGGACACUGUCUAACAACACAAUGUGAGGUGGCAGUGCACAGCACAGAUGAACAUGAUUGUGUGUCCCAUUCCUGGUUGUGUAUCGUUGUUUGGAACAUAUUAUCCGGUGGUGUUAGGGGAUUGAGCUACCAUUGGCCACAAUGCCUCGUGAUCAAAGCAGGGUUUACCAGGGUGAAAGUGAAGAUGUCAAAUGAGAGUCCAUUUUUGAUGCCAUCACAGCUAUUCAUGACCCACUGUUAAAGCUCGUAGACAAAGAAUUGCCUCUUGGGUAAUGUGUACCAGAAUAUGUAUAAUCGAGUGGCUUUUAUCAGCAUUGACAACAAUUUCAUCGGAGCAGGAUGAUCAGGAAUUCAAGCCCCAUCCUAAUGCAUGGAGCUGGGAGUGCAGCAUUGUCGAAGCUGCUGUUCAGUUGGAUUGGAGAGAUCUCAUAGCAUGAAGCAUGGGACGUUCUCCAGAGAGCAGUGGUCAACGUUAUCUUCUCCUUCAACCCCACCCACCAAAUCCAAUUAACUGGUCAUAUAUUGCAUUGGAAUCCUGCAGUGGGAAUGUUGCCUGCUGUAACUGAAUCGCCAGAUCAGCAGGAAAAGGGAGGAGAGAAAAGGGGGAGAGAAAAAAGAUAAAAAGGAAAUUCCGAGCAGGUGCCUUACCAUUUCCGCUGGGUGACUCGAUGUAUUUGAUGGAUUUUGCUAUGCAGGUUGUUAAAACAGUUUUUACAAAUACAUUUAGGGGCUUGUGUAGGACAGAGUUAUUAACGCAAGUUUCAGUUGUUGAUAAAGUGAAUGAAUGUUAAUCAUUAAGGAGUUUACUUGAUAGUAGUUUCUUCAAUGGAAUCUGUAUAUAACUAACAUGAAGUAUUUUCAGUAUCCACUUUAUAUUGUGCCCA